ACCUCCGAAUCAGAGCCGCUGUUGGUUUCGGACUCGUUGACAAGAGAGGACUUGACGUCGUCCAGGUCUCUGUCGGCGGCCACGCUGGUCUUGUCGUCGUGCUCGCCUUCAUCCUUGAAGCGGAGGAGCUCGUCGUUGGCGCCCAAGUCUUCUUCGCCGUCGGCGGCGCUCAGCUGCGGCAUGCUAGCAAGUUAGCCGCGACGCCAGCACACUUUCACAACAAGCGAGCACCGCCAAGCUAAUUCGACUAGCUGCUAACUUUAGCCUCGGUCUUAUUCGACGACAAACGUCGACGACAUCGGGCGGCUGACUUUCUCGUCAGGGUGUCGUAAAACGGCCAAAAAGUGUGUUGGAAACAGUUGGAGCUAGCAGCUAGCUGCCUGCGGCGUUCACUGACGCCGCUGCUCGAUGUGCUCGGAUUCCCGAGGUGUGGACCAAGUCUUGUUCCAAGGACUGGAAUUUAAAAAGCCCUCACUUAAACGCGCUGCUUUCUGCGGUGCAAACCGCAAACGAGUAACAGCGAGUUAGAAUCGCCGGAGAUGGAAAACAGCGCGAGGCGACAGAGUGAAAAGUUUCCUUCCCAUCGCGAGCAUUUGACGUCCCAGCGCGUGAAGAAAAGUCUACUUUCCUACAUUGUUCACGCCGCGUGAACCUCUCACGGCGUCCCCGGGAGCGCGCACACGUCCGCGGGAUGCAUUGUGACUCGCCGCGUGGACGCGACCGUGUACACGCGAAGCAAAGCACGAGCUUCUGGUCGGGGUUCGCAAGAAGAACAACACGGCGACGCCGGCCCGCCGCUGACCGUGGGUCUGUCUCUUCCGCCUGCUGCUGUCGGGCAUGGCCGAUCAGCUGAUCCUGGAUCAGGAACAACAGGUUGGCGAGCCCGCCCGUCGAGGGGGAAGAGUCUGAUUUAAAAAAAACUAAACAAAACAUUUUUUCUCCAAGUGUGAGAAAAUAUAUUCUCUGCCUACGUCAUGACUAGCCUUCUUUAGCUAGUUUUGUCAGCAUUCUACUCUUUCAUGUCAUAAAACCACAAAUAAUGACAAAUGAAAAUGUAUUGACCUGUAGGUGACAGCGAGCGAGAGGAAGGUAAAUAAAAGUCAGUCCAUCCCUUGAAUACAAAGUCAACAAGUCAUUAAGGAUGUUUCAUGGAGAUAAACAACAUGGCCGCUGCCUGGGGCCUGUUGGCUGCUUGUCAACUGGCGCACUUGUGUACUUACACUUAGUCUUUUGUGUGAGUAAGUGCACUUACACUUAGUCGUUUGGUGAGUAAGUGCACUCUUGUACUUACACUUAGUCUUUUGGUGAGUAAGUGCACUCAUGUAAUUAACACUUUUGUGUGAAUAAGUCUAAUUUUGUACUUAACACAUAGUAUUUUGUGUGCUUAGGUCCACUCGCGUACUUAGACUUAGUCUUUUGUGUGAAUAAGUCCACUCGUGUACUUAGACUUAGUCUUUUGUGUGAAUAAGUGUACAUUUGUACACACGUAAUAUUUUGUGUGCUUAAGUGCACUUGUGUACUUCCUCUAGUCUUUUGCGUGAAUAAAUGCCCUUAUGCACUUAAUGCGGAUCUUUUAGCUUGUAAGUGCACUUGUGUACUUUCAUAGUCAUGUGUGCAUAAGUGCCACCUUCAUGGACAAUAUAUUCACCACAGACUUUGGUAACAAGACUGCUAGUGGCCUGCUGAUGGACAUCAUGAUCAUCUUCCAGUCCGCCCAAUUUACAGCCAUCAUUAUAAGAAACCACAGAUGGACGCCGCAAAGACUGUCCAAAGACUACGUUCAGAGGACAGAGUCAUCGAGAAUAUCUGAGGAUCAUUCUACAUACAUGUGGAAUCGAACUUUGGAGGGAUUGGCUAAGGGAGUCCAACAACGUACAAGGAUGAGACCAUACAAGGAUGAAGGGUCUUAGACCUGUCAUGAUGUCUGUAUCUUUAUUAUAUAUCACUAUAUGGAUUGUUGUCAUGGUUACCAUUAUGCCACAAUAUGGUGUAAGGGCACUUGGGUAUUUUUGGGUGCACAAAUGCACUUGCAUACUAACACUUAAGUCUUUUGUGUGCAUAAGUGCACUUAGAUUUACUUCCAAAAAAUAUUUUGACUCAUAAGUGCACUUGCAUUCUAAGUCUCUUGUAGACAUGAGUGCACUUAAGUGUAUGUAACUGCACUUGUGUACUAAUAUUCUAGUGGGCAUAAAUGCACUUGCAUACUUAUACUGAAGUCUUUUGUUCCCAUAAGUGUACUUGUGUCCGGACAUCUUGUGUAUGUAAGUGCACCAGUAUACUUACACUAAGUCUUUUUAGUGCACACUUGGGUAAUUACACUUGCCUCAAGUCUCCUCACCAGUGACGCAAGGACACGCCCCGGACAGCCCGGGAAUGCGGCCCAUCAGGUUCUCCCCAAACGGGUCGAUCUGGAAGGGACAUUUCAGUCGGCAUCGGGGAGAGCAGCAUCUCGUCUUCCAGCAGCGAGCGACAUGGCCGUCAACCUGAGCAAGAACGGCGCCGAGCUGAUGGCCGCCUACAAGGACGUGGUGGACGGCCGCUCCGACACAAACUGGGCUUUGUUCACCUACGAGGGCAACAGCAGCACCAUCCGAGUGGCGGGAAAAGGAGGUGGGGGGUUGGAGGAGAUGGUGGAGGAGCUGAGCAGCGGGAAGGUGAUGUACGCCUUCUGUCGGGUGCAGGACCCCAACUCUGGGCUGCCCAAAUACGUCCUCGUCAACUGGACAGGUGAGGGUGUGAAGGACUCCCGCAAAGGAAUGUGUGCCAAUCACCUGACUUCAGUCGCCAACUUCCUCAAGGGGGCCCAUGUGACCAUCAAUGCUCGUGAUGAGGACGAUGUGGAGCCAGACGUGAUCUUGUCUAAAGUGUCCAAAGCAUCAGGAGCCAACUACAGCUUCCACAAAACAACACAGCAGUAUGGAGAUGUUCCCUCAGGACCUGUGGGUUCCGUUUACCACAAAACAAACGCAGUGGAGGAAAUCCAACAAAUCGACAAAGACGCUUUUUGGGUCCAAGCUCAGAGGGAGGAGGAGGUGCGGCGGCAGCAGGAGGUGACGAAGGCGGAGCUCCAGAGGCAACACCUGGACAAGGAGAGGAGGGACGCAGAGGAGAAACAGACCAAGGACAGAGACAGGAGAGUCCACGAGAGGGCGGCGCUCAUCGACCAGCAAAGGACGCUCCAGAAACAAAGAGAAGAAGAAGACAGGGUGAGAGAAGAAGAGCGGCGGAGUCAGCAGGAAAAGGAGAACAAACGAACGGGAUCCAACAUGGCUGCUUCGGUGCACGCAGCAAAUGAAGCCAAGGCCGUGAUCUCCCAGCGCUCCAUCAACCCUCGAGAUGUCUUCAAGCAGCGGGAGCAGAGUUUGGACCUCAACUACGGACGCUCCCCGUCCGCCCCCAGAGCGGGGAAGUUGCAAAGUCCGUUUUUAUCCCAGAAACCCUUUGAGAGUCAGUCCAUCCUGCGGCCCCAGACGCCGCCUUCCCAGAAACCCUUUGAGGUUCCCAUCGACCUGAGGCCUGGGACACCGCCCUUUCAGAAACCCCCGGAGAUCCAAAGCAACCUGCGGUCUUGGACUCCGCCCUCCUCGUCUCCUACUGUCACAACAUCGUCCCACACUUUUGACUUGCACGGUGGCGGCGGCAGAGAACCCACCGUCACUGGGGGGCUCAUGUCAGCAGAAGCGGCGUAUGCGGCCGAGGAGGACGACUGGUCGGACGAGUUCGAAGAGGACAUGUACGAAGCCCCCCCGGGUGAGGCGUUUGGCAGCGGCCUUCUCAAGACGCUCUCACCCCCCGCCCCCACCGAUGCGACGUUUCCUCCGGGUGCGGGUGACGUCGUGUACAAUGUGCCGUGGCCCGCCGACGAGCACCGAGGCUUCGAUGAUGACAACACGGCUGAAGCUGACGAUGGAGGACCCAACAUUUGUGCCAAGGCUGUGUACGACUAUCAGGCGGCUGAUGACACAGAGAUCACCUUUGACCCUGAUGACAUCAUCACGAGGAUCGAGAUGGUGGAUGAAGGCUGGUGGCGAGGGUACGGCCCUGAUGGCCGGUACGGAAUGUUUCCCGCCAAUUACGUAGAACUCUUGUAGAGAUUGUCCUAAUAAACUGUGGUUUGGCAUCAUGUAAACACUCAAGUAAUUCACCCAAGUA